UAGUAUCCUAUCCUGUAACGGAGAUUGAAUAUAGGCGGCGCUGUUUACCUAGGCGCCGUUGACAAACUUAAUACGGUUUUGGUCAGCAAACAAACAAUUACAAACCUCUGUUGCCUUUACUUUAUUGAACAUGAAAUAGAGAAGGUAGAAAGGAUGGAAGAGACUAGAUCUUCCCCUCAAUCGGACGAAAAGGAAGUAGGACUUUUGCUAAAGAGGUCUUCAGAUGUGGAAGAAGAAUUAGAUGGAAGAGAAACUUGGGGCAAAAAAGUGGAUUUUCUUUUAUCUAUUAUCGGCUUUGCUGUAGAUCUGGCAAAUGUCUGGCGUUUUCCAUAUCUUUGCUAUAAGAAUGGUGGAGGCGCUUUCCUCAUACCCUACUUUCUUAUGCUAAUCUUUGGCGCUGUACCAUUAUUCUUUAUGGAGCUCAUCCUAGGCCAAUUCCAUAGACAAGGUCCCGUUUCAGUUUGGAAAAUUGUACCUCUUCUUAAAGGCAUAGGAUUAGCCGAAUGUCUGAUCGCUUAUCUUGUAGCAUUCUACUACAAUGUUGUAAUAGCUUGGUCAUUUUUCUAUUUGGUCUCUUCAUUUACUUCUUCACUACCCUGGACAACUUGCGGUAAUAUCUGGAAUACAGACAAUUGCAGUGAUUUGUACAGUAAUUUGACGAACGCAACUUCUCCGGCCAAAGAAUUUUUUGAAAUGAGAGUUUUGGGAUUGAAAAAUUCUACUGGAAUACACGAUAUUGGUAGUCCUAGAUGGGAGCUUGUUUUAUGCUUGAUGCUUGUCUUUGCUUGUUUAUAUUUUUCAUUAUGGAAAGGUGUGAAAUCUAGCGGUAAAGUUGUUUGGGUAACUGCUACCAUGCCCUACGUCGUACUUAGUAUAUUGUUAGUUAGAGGACUCCUAUUACCUGGAUCAACAGACGGAAUUUUAUAUUUUCUAACGCCAAAGAUUCAUAGAUUAGCCGAUUCGCAGGUUUGGAUUGAUGCAGCUGUUCAAAUCUUCUACUCAGUCGGAGCCGGCUUCGGAGUGCACUUGGCUUACGCUUCCUAUAACAAAUUCAACAACAACUGCUACAGAGAUUGUUUAUUUACGGCUUGCAUAAACAGCUUUACUAGCAUCUUUUCGGGCAUCGUCAUCUUCUGCUAUUUGGGUUAUAUGUCAAAUAAACAAAAUAAAAACAUUGAACAGGUAGCUGUCGAUGGGCCUGGAUUGGUAUUUGAAGUUUACCCGGAAGCUAUUGCAACUCUUCCGGGGUCUAUUGGUUGGUCUAUUGUUUUUUUCUUUAUGCUCAUAACAUUGGGUAUGGACAGUGCCAUGGGAGGAUUGGAAUCGGUUAUUACAGGAGUGAUAGAUCAAAACAGAAAUUUCCUCAAAAGCUUCCGAUAUAGAAGGGAACUAAUAACUUUUAUAACUAUACUCGGAGCUUUUGCAUUUGCCCUUCCCAGCGUCACCAAUGGAGGAAUGUACGUGUUUAAUAUUUUCGAUAAGUUUGCUGCCGGAACUUCCAUUUUGUUUGCUGUCUUCUCAGAAGCGGUUGCCGUCAGUUGGUUUUAUGGCCUCGAUCAGUUUUGCACUGAUGUUGAAAAGAUGCUGGGAUUUAGACCCAGUUUAUAUUGGAGAAUUUGCUGGAAGUUCAUUAGUCCUGCUUUUGUUUUGACGAUUGUAGUUUCUAGUUUAAUAAAACAAGAACCACUCAUAUAUGAUGCUUCCUGGGGAAGGUAUCAUUAUCCAGAGUUAGGUUACGCAAUAGGUUGGUCCUUAUCAGCCGCUUCCAUGAUACUAAUUCCUGGUUAUGCCAUAUAUCAUAUAUUUUUUAAACAAAAAGGAACAAUAAAACAGCGUUUUCUCCUUAGCAUAUCACCAACCUGGGAACAAAGUAGCAUAAUUCGCAGUCAAAGAGCUAAGCGAACUCAGACAAGACAUUGGUUCUCUUUAGGAAGACAUUCAACAGAGUCAGAAGCCGUUAGAUUAUCAGAAAGAAAUAAUUUAAAUUGCAAUCUCUAAACAAAAGAAAACAACAAAAAGAGAUAAAGGAGAAGAUAGAAGAAGUCAGCCAAACAUAGUAAACAAAUGUAAAUAAAAAAAAGUUAGCACAUAUAAAUGUUUAUACUAAUUUAUAUAUAUA